AUGGCCAACACGUACGAAAUCACCAUCCUCAAUGAGUCCGGCGCCGCGCAGAGUUACCUGCUCUUUGCCGCCGCUCCAGUAGUCACUGGUACCAACCUCGACGUCUUCUCCAGCGUAUUCAUAGCGUCACCGACCAUCGUAACCAGUCCCAGCGGCUCGAGCUCGACUACCUUUACCAUCACGCGCCAGUUUUACGCCAUCUGCGGCACUUCGGUGCAGAACUUGCGAUUCGGUGUUAAGGUGGCUACUAGCUACUACGAUGCCGUUACCCUGGGCUCCGUCGACAUCAAUACGGGCAAAACAACGCGCGGCACGACCGAGCUCUUGACUACUGAACCGGGCGUGCAUUUCGUGAAUCCUGCCCCGGCUGCAGACGCGCCUGUUGGUGCAUACACGAUCAACACUGAUUCGACCUUUGGGGUUCCCGAUCCCAAUAAUACCUUCACCGGCCUUGGCGGUCUGAAUAUGAAUGGCAAAGUCGUGCCCAUGGCGACCUUCCUCGCGGCACCAUUGACAACCUACAGCAUCAAGCCCGUGUUCAAGUACUACAUCACCGCGGGCACGUACUCGCCCGGAGAGAUCAUCAACCCGUCGUCCAUGGGCAUCACCUACCUCGUGGACUUCACUAAGCGGGUCACCAAUUCGAUAACCCUCGUCCACGACAGCCACGGUGGGUAC